AAGAAUAUGAAUUGUACUACUUCUACUACCACCAUUCAUAAUAAUAAUUACCGACCGACUACAAUGACAUCAUUUGUUAUGGAUGACCAGUUAAAAUCAGAUUACUGUCUAUUCAAUGAUAGUAAUGUUCCAAUGGAUUUAAGUAGAAACUCCUCAUCAUCUUUAAAUCAUUAUGAUGAAUUUAGUACAAGGAAAAACAUCUGUUGUGAUAAAUGCAUUGAUCCUUGGAAAAGAGAUGAACAUAAAUGUGUAAACAACGAAAAGAUUAUCAUGAAUAAAUAUUCUGUAAAUAACACACUGAAGGAAAAAUUUAAUCAAUUUAUGAAUACUACUGAUAAUUCCGUUUUCAGUAGUAAAAAACAAUCAUUACCAUUUUGUCACAAUUCACAAUCAGUCAAUCCAGAAUUAUGUCAAACUUAUAAGAAUUAUGACGAGGAGCAUCGAAAUAUAUUAACACCCUCAAAAAUAUCUAAUAAUAGUGGUAAUAAUAAUACUAAUGAUCACAAAAGCAGAUUUAUGAUAAAAGAUAUACUUGAAUUUCAGGAUCAUCCAUCAUCUGCUAAAGACGACGAUGAUAAUAUGAACAAUAGAUCAAAGAUUCGGUCUGAAGAGUCAGUGUACGAUUCAAAACCAGUUAAAGAAUUUCCUCAUCCUAAAAUAAUAUUUUGCAGUGAAAAUAACAAAUCUGUUAAAAAAAUCAGAAAUAAACGAACUUCUUUUUGUUCAAAAACACCAACUACUGAAACAUUUGAAAGUAGCAUAUGUUUAUCAUCUAAAAAUAUGAGAUUAAUCCCACAUCUUGCAAAUAAUGUUGAUAAUAAUAAUAAUUAUAAUUAUAAUACAGUUAAUCAGAUAGAAAAAUUUCAAUCAUAUAAGGGAGACGAACAAGAAAAUAGAAAUGAAGAUUCUGACACUGCAAAGAUCAGUUUACAAAACACUCCAAAAUGUUAUUCUCGUCAAUAUCGCGUUGAUUAUCAACGAUUUGUACAAGAUAAGAAACGACAAAAUUGUUCAACAUGUAAUUUGAGUUUUUGUCAACCAGUAGAUUUUGUUCUACAUAUUCAAAAAGUUCAUCUUGGAUUAAAAUUGACAAACAAUGAAAAUAAUUUAACAAAACCUUUAAAAGAAUCACUACAAUCAAACAAAAAUCACACAUGUAAAUCUCAGAAAAUACAUAGAAAUGUUGACGAUACUGGUGAUAUCCAUAUUGUUACUAACAGUAACGAUAAUGAUCAUGAAAGGGAUCAAAUGAGAAAUAAUGAAGAGGGUAAUAAUCAUCCUUUAUCAUUGAAAUCAACAAUCGAUCGUAAUACAAGAAAAAGAUCUUAUAAAUCCAUAAAAACCAUGAAGAAAUAUUGAUGCAAGUACGAUCAUACCUAAUUAAUCUUUUUUGUAUUAACAUAGUGAAGUUUGACUGAUAUAUGUGCACAAAGUGUUCUUUUUUGUCAUCAGAAUAGUGUAAAUAUACAUAUGUUUUCAUAACAUUAUCUGACAGGUAUCUACCUCAGUACAGUGGAAGACGGUCGUGCAAUCUUGUGGAUUAGUUGAGGUUAGACAUUAACAUCAUUGGAUGCCGGCUCAGUGGUCUAGUAGGUUAGGCGUUUGCGAGCGAGAUUGAUAGGUCCUUGGUCCGAAUCUCGUGAAGCAAGAUAGUGGAUGCUCACUGCUGACGAGUCCCGCAAUAGGAUGAAAUGGCCGUUUAGUGCUUUCAGGUUUUCUAUGGCGGUCUAACAUCAAUCAGUUCAUGAACUCAAUCAAAAACUUAAUAAUCUUCACAAUCGUAUAUUGGAAGUGUUUGAGUUAAUCAGUUGAUGAUAUAAGAAACUGGAAUUUAAUCAAUUUUUGUUAAGAUUAUCUGAAUAUAGCCACUUUG